GUGAAUUAUCUGGUCUAUCUUGCUGUCUGCCUGCGGUUCUUCUGAAUGUCUACGACCUACACCACAGUCCAUCCACCCAUCCUCCCUCCCCCUUUCGAUUCGUUCUCCUGUCCUCUCUUUUCUUUUUAUCCUUGCUAAUCCCAUUCUCCAAGCUCGCCCAUUCGCUGUUGCUCCAUGAUGGAUUCCUUGCCAUUGCUUUCCACACUCCCCUCCCAUGCUUGAGAAACUUAUUAGAAGCAGUCUUUAACCUAGUAUGGUAGUAAAGAAAGCAAACCUAGCAUCGAUUCUCCUUAGUCCAAUUGGUCCCCACCAUUAAUAUAUUCAGUUCCCAAGUGCUCCCUCUUCCUGCUGCUGCGGAACCUUUACCUUGCAAAAUUUCCAUGAACCGACCACUACUUGCUACCACAAACUCCAAAAAGUCUAGGUUGACCUCCUGCUCACAUACUAUAACGUCCCAUCCAUUCAUCAUACCUACCUACAUACAUCAUACACACACACUUACAUACAUCUAUCUUUUUUGGUUGCGCGCCUUCCCCAGCACAAUAUCCAUUGCAGCUGUCCGCAUACGCCUGGUGUUUCUUCCCCUCUUCGGCAUUGCAGCGAGCAUUUUCUAGCAUCUUUUUCCCAGCAUUUAUUCCUGCCCUCCCUGGUCGCAUAUUAAUAAUUGUUCAUCCAUCUUCUGCCCCAUCUACCGCAGACCACCACUACCGUCCCCAAAAUCGGCCAGCACCACACUUAGAAGUGCAUGUUUCCUUGAGCUGCGCGCGUCUAGCAUUAGUUCAAACAAUUUUCAAAAUAUUCUCGCAUUCGAAACUUCACAUCACCUGAAAUAAAUCAGCCAGACUCAAUCCGCUACUCCUGCAGAUUCCGCAGGGUUCAUAUAUUUGACACUGCCAGGAACCUGACUUCGCUUUGCUUAUCAUGCAUGCAGUAUCCCGCUCUUGAGGCUUUCAACGUCCUUGAUAUUGUAUACCUUACGCAAGGUCCUGUACCAUUGAACAUCUUCAAUUGCCUCGGAUUUCUGGAAUUUAAGGAAACACCUGGGAAAUCAUUCGUUUAGAGAUCAUAGAUCAAAGAAUGCACGAAUCUAUGAUGGCCCAUAUUGGCAUGGACCAUGAGCAACACCACAAUCCACAAGAAAAUGGAUACGGCGGUGAAGGCCAAUGGCAGGAUAUGGGCAACAAUUACAACCCUUCACAGCAUCAAUCGCCAAUCUUUGAAAAUAGGAUUCAAUAUGAAUAUAUGAACCAGCAUCAUCCAAUGCCUACUGAGCCUCAGUACCCAAAUCCAAGAAUGGCCCCGCCACCGCCACCGCCGACAUAUCCCACGCAUCACCAGCAGCUGCUUCCUCUCAUCAUGCCAAACCAUCCCACGUGGCCGAGUAUGUUGACAAAUCCUGCAAACUCUCAAGCACCACCUGUUGCGAUUCCUCCUGCGAACUCUGGGAAAGCACCUCCAAAGCUACCGACUAUCCAUGCUACUCCGACUCCAAGGAAGACACUCACUGAUAGUGAUCGAAGACGGAUGUGUCAAUAUCAUGAAGACAAUCCUACCGUCAAGCAGACUGAAAUUGGAGCCAUGUUUGGUGUUGAACGAAGUACUGUCUCUAAAGUUUUACGCCAAAGAGAAAAAUAUCUUUUCCCUGAAGACCGAAGCUUGUCUCCAGUCAAACGAGCUAAAGGAAAAUUCCCUGAUAUCGAGAGAGCCCUAUCAAAUUGGGUGCGAAAUACCCAAAAGCAGGGGAUUCCUCUUACCGAUUCUGCGAUCAAGGAGAAGGCUAGAUUUUUUGCCACCACAGUUGGCAACAAUGAGAGUCACCUGAAGACAAAUAGCACAACUUGGCUAGAAAAAUUCAAGCAAAAGAAUGGGAUCAGUCAUCUCAGACGAAGAGCCUCCGCGGCCGAUAUUGGUAGUCUCUCUGAACGCAUGGCGAUCAACACCGAUUCGAGCAGAAGUUCAGGAUCACGAACAUCCAAUGGUGUCUCACCCGCUUCGCCAUUACAAUCCCCCUUGCUAUUAGCAUCCGCCAAGAGUAGUGAAGAUCUCAGAUCUCAUCAUAUGCAUGAUAGUUUGAACAGCUAUUUCGAUUUCACACAAACAGCAAGCUACAAGCAACACUCAAAUUCUCACAGUACAGCUUCAUUGUCUAGUGCUUUUACCGACAAUAAUCCAUCGUCAUUUUCAGGGGGGCCAACUAGUCCCACAACCCCAUUUGCAUUUUCUCCUGAGGGAAGUACCGGAUCUUGGAUGCCAUCUCAGCAAUCUCGGGUAACGCAGCAUUCGACGAACGGAAAUGGAAUGUCCAACACUGGCGAUAAUGUCAGCCAUGGGAUGGAUCUAAAUAAUCCUGCUAGCAACUUUCAACGUCCGAGAAGCCAGACUUUCCCCACUUUAGCCAUUGAUCCUUCGUUCAUUGCCUCGCAAGGUAAUGAUCCUAUGACGCCAAAGUAUAAUUUACCGGACACAGCCCCUUCGUCAGCCGUUGAAUCGCCAGUUCAUGAAUUAGGUCCUCCAUUUGGAUUGGAUUCUGCAAUUUCGCCACGGUCUUUACAUCAUAGUAGCAGUCACAGCUCUUUGGCUCCCCCACCGGCGUCACUUACUCCAAUCAGCGGAUUGCAAUCACCACCACAUCUUUCAACGCCAAACUCACCUACCCAGGAUGAUGCACGCCGGGCUCUUGAUACUUUGCUGAAUUUUUUUCAGCAAGCUCCGACUGGAUUGGUGGAUCAAAAUGAGUAUCUGACGGUUCUUAAAUUGACCGAAAAGUUGCGAAUACAACAGCAGAAUCCAGGACCUUUACCAGGCGGUUUGCAUCGGAUUUCGGAACAGGAGGACUGCGAGAACCAGCCACAAAAUAUGAAGAUGGAACAGUCUACGGCCUGCUAACAAAUAAUGAGUUUCAUAUCUAUUUUAUAUAUACGCUUUAAAUAUCUGUACAUCACGGCGUUUUAAACACGGUUCCAAAGUCAACAUUCCCCGGCGUUAUCUUCAUCAAAUCUCUCAAUUUGUACAUGAGCACUCAGUAACGGUCUCGCAUCACCCUCUUCUUUUCUGAUCUUCGUGAUCAGUCAAAUGCAAGGGUGUAUAAUACCUACCGACAUCACAGAAAUCGGGAAUUUAGGGAGGAAUUCAAAAAAAUAAAAAAAAUAGGAACUAUCCUCGGAUGAAAUUUAUAUACCCAACCAAGCUCACUCGGUUUCCAAGAUUUCCCCCUUUACAUCUUCGACGCUCACGCGAAACCUUCAGCUCAGUACUCAUCUGCUUGCUCUCUCGCGCGUUUAAUUCUUUAUAUAUCCUCUUUGGACUUUCUUUCAUGCAGGGCUUUGUUAUAUAUGCGCUCUCAUGCCCCUGAAGGGAUUUGCUCAUCAUACCCCAACAGCACGUUUUCUUUUCUCUUUCCAAACACUUUCGGCGGGAUUUUGUAUUACUUUCGGGUCCUUUUCUUUCACUUGCGCACCGGGGAACAUGUGAUGGAAUAUAAAUAAGUAUUUCGCA